AGAGAUAAAAAUGCUGAUUUUAUUGAGCAUUGAGACCUCUAGUUGAAUAACCCCAGUAGGCUUUUUAGUACUCGAGAUGUCAACAACUGGGCCACUGUGCACAUUUUCUUCAUUAACUAGAAGUUAUUUUGAAAUCAACACACUAACUACAGAUAAUGUCUGUUUUCAACUUUACUAUAAAUGGAGUUCAACGCUUUUCAUCAUUUCAAGUAUUCUGGUGACAACCAAGCAAUUCUUUGGGUCCCCUCUUCAAUGUGAUGCAGGACAUGCUAGUGCUAUGGUGGAUAAGGAUGUUCUAGAGGCAUAUUGUUGGAUGUAUUCAACCUUCAGUAUCCCUCUGGAAUAUCAGGGACAAUGCUCUGCCGGAGAACUGGAGGAAACAGACAAUAAUCUGGUUUAUAAUUCAUACUAUCAGUGGGUUCCACUGUAUCUGAUCUCUAUGUCUCUACUCUUCUAUCUACCAAGAAUUUUAUGGCUUUCAAUGGAGGGAGGACUGAUGAAAUUUUUCGGCAAAGGAAGUCGGUUCAGUUUGGUAAAAGACCAUGAUGAGGAGAAAGAAAUGUUGAUCAACUAUUUCCAACAACAUGUUAGAAACAGAUCAGAUGUUUAUUUCUACGGGUUUGUUGCUUGUGAAGUAACAAAUCUCUGUGUCGUCUUUGCGUUCUUUUUCUUCACUCAUUCAUUCCUAAACUACAGGUUCCUAGGUUUUGGACUGCAGGUUCUAGAAUACUAUAGGCUGCCAGCAGAGGAACAAAUGGUUUCUUGGAUUAAGAACCCCUUAUGUAAAACCUUUCCAAGAGUGGCGAGCUGUGAUUAUUUUAGAUACGGGCCGGGAGGAGGUCCUGAGAAGAUUAAUUCAAUUUGUAUUCUCUCCUUAAAUAUUAUUAAUGAUAAGGCAUUUAUAUCUUUAAAUGACACUAUUUCAAAUUUCCAACUCCUAUUUGUCACAUUUGGAAUUGAUGUCUUUAUGGACAAAGGUUGUCGGAUCCAUCUUUAA